GCAGAAGUAGAAUUAAAAACUGUAAACAGAACUCCUAAAAUACAUCAACACAUGGAUUUGCUAGGUUCAGAUUCGGAAGAAGAGCAAGUUGAAUUUAAAAUAAAUGAAAGUUAUGCAAAAAAUUAUGAAAAGUGGCGUAAAAAAGAGGAACACCAAAAACUCAAAGAUAGGUAUGGAGAUGCUGAUACCUCAAGCUCUUCAGAAGAAGAAGAAAUUCGAUCCACCCCUCAAAUGGACAAAGACUGGCUAAGAGCUUAUGCUGUGGUCAGGUUUAAUCAGCCAAGGCUGUAUAAGUCAGGGGAAAAGUUUUUCCAUGAGGUAGCUGAGCCUGUGGUGAAAAAGAAGGAAAAGCCCUCUACCUUGAAAGAUCAUGAAAGAAAGUUUAUCCUUGAGAAAGGAGGCGUGGAGAGUGAUGAUGAAUCAAAGACACAAAAGCCUUUGGGUAAAAGCUACUUUGAGGAACAAGAGGAAAUCAAAAAGAGCUUGAAGGAAGCUCUUCCUGAGUCUAGUGAUGAAGAGGAGGGGGAUCUCUUAGUCAAACGUCAAAAAACUGAUGAAGAGAAGAAAAAAGAAGAAAAUGAAUUCCUGGAGUGGUUGAAGGGUGAGAGAGUGGAGUUAGAGGAUAAGGAGGCAGCUGCUGAAUUGGCACCACUUAAAGCGUAUUGGAAUGAUCCAAACCUCAGUGAGAAAGAAAAGGUUUUACGAGACUACAUCUUAAACAAUGGAUACAUUGAACAAGAAGACUCGAGUGAGGAUGAGUCUGAGGAGGAGGAACAGAAAAUAUUCCCAGACUUCAGGGCAGAGGAGGAGUUCCUAGAGAAGGCUGAGGAGUAUGAGCAGAAAUACAACUUCCGCCAUGAGGAGCCAGGAUCAGAUGAGAUCAAAAGUUACCCUCGUGUGAUCGAGACAUCUGUUAGAACUAAAGACACAAGAAGAGCUGAUAAACGUCAAAAGAAGUUGGAGAAAAAGAAAAUGGAACGAGAAAAAAGAAAAGAAGAGAUCAGACUUUUACAAAAAUUGCAAAGAGAAGAAAAGAGAGAAAAGCUAGAAAAGUUAAGAAAAAUCGCCAACAAUCCUAAACUUGAUUAUGAUUUGGAGGCAGAUUUUGAUCCAGAAGAGCAUAACAAAAUUAUGCAGUCUUACUUCAAUGAUGAUUACUAUGGGGUAGGGGAUGAUGACAAACCUCGCUUUGAGUACGAUGCUGCUGUGGAUGAGGAACCAGAUAACUGGUGGAAUGAAAGAUUGCAGGAGGAAGCAAAGGAUGAAGAAAACACAACAGAGGGCGGGGAGGAUGAAGGUCAAUCAGCAGAUGAUGGACAGGAUUACGAACCAGGGCCUGAUGAUCCAGAUUUUGUUAUGGACGCUGACUAUGACCCAACUCGUGACUACAAAGCUGAGAAGAAGAAAAAAAAGAAAAAGGGAAAGGUGGUCGAGAAACUUCCUUUAUUUGACCCCACCAAAACUACUUUUGAUGAAUACAUGGAUGAGUAUUUGAAAGACAAGAUUGAUUCUCUCCCCUUUACUUACAGAGAGGUUGUACCCAAUGAUUUUGGACUUAGCACAGAAGAGAUACUGAGAGCCCCUGAAAGAGAACUGAAUUCUUGGGUGUCUGUCAAAAAGAUGAGCCAGUAUCGUUCCAAACAAGAAGAGUUAUCAGAGAGACGGAAAUUUCUUGCGAGGGCCAGAAUGCCAGAGAAAAAGUUGAAAAUUAUUCCUUCGUUAGCUGAGAAAGCUGAGGAGAGCAAAGAUGCAAAGGACGUGACCAGUAAGAAAACAAAGAAAAAGAAGAAGAAAAAGAAAAUUAAGCCAGUGGAGGGUGGGGAGAAGACUGAACAGAAGAAAAAUGAGGAAAGUUCAGCACAAGAUGGUCAGAAAGUUUUGAAAAGGAAGAGAGAGAACAGUGAGGUGUCUAGCCCAGAUAAAGUAAAACCCAAAAAAUUGAAAACAGGGAAUGAAGAAACGAAACAAAAUAAAGUUAGAGAAAAGAGCUCGCUUGACAGAAAUAUUCUCAAAAAGAAAAAGAAGAAAAAAAUGCAGCUAUCAGUUGAAUCUAAGAAGACAAAACCUGCUGCGCCUGCAAAAACAACCCCCCAGGCACCGGAUAAAACAAAGGUGAAGAAGAAGAAGAAAAUAUCACUCCAGCUUUUUAAGUCAGGGGACAAAAGUGCUGUGGGCAACAAAGAACUGAAGAAGCAGUUAAGUAAAGUUAUGUCUGCUGCCAGGCUAAGCAAAUACGGCAUCGGGCCGAAUGCCGUCAAGAUGAAAAACAAAAAGAAGAAAAAACAAAAAGUUGCUUCUUGAGGUCUCACUGAUGUAAUGUUUCUGCUGUUUUUGUCCUUCUAAUGAUAAUAUUA